CUCGUUCCCUCAAAUGGCGCCGGCGUUACGGAACGCCGGGAGAGCGCGCGAGCUGGGCUGGCAGCGGGAGUGUUGCAACCAGCGUGGAUCAUUUCCGAGCCACCCUUGAGUUCUGUUGAAACUGGAUGAAGAAAAAGAAUGGAUAUGGGUAACCAACAUCCAUCUAUCAAAAGGCUGCAAGAAAUACAAAAAGAAGUCAAAGAGUUUGAAUCUCAAGUAGUAGCCUUCAGUGGUUUGUCCAGUGAUAGAGCUUACAAGAAAUUAGAAAGGACUUUGACUAAACAGCUUUUUGAAAUAGAUUCGGUCGAUGCUGAAGGCAGAGGUGAUGUUCAGCAAGCCAGAAAGAGGGCUGCCCAAGAAACUGAGAAACUGCUUAAGGAACUAGAGCAGAAUGCAAACCAUCCCCAAAGGCUGGAGAUAGAAUCCAUAUUUAACGAGGCACAGGCAUUGGUGGAACAGGAAAUCACUGAUUUUUAUAAAGGAGGUAACUGUGUAACUGAGGAAUUUGAAGAAGGUUUACAGGAUAUAAUUUUUAGACUCACUCAGGUAAAAACCGGAGGAAAAAUUUCUCUGCGGAAAGCCAGAUAUCGUACCCUGACCAAAAUAUGUGCUGUUCAAGAAAUUAUAAGUCGUUGUACAAAGCAGCAGCCUUCCCUGCCAUUGUCCAGUGAUGCACAUCCUUCCGUUUCCAAAAUUAAUUCUGUCAUAGGAGAUGUGAACAAAGCAAAAGGAACUCUUAUUGCUGUAUUAAUGGGAGUAAACAAUAACGAGACCUGUAGACAUUUAUCCUGUGUACUCACAGGUCUGAUUGCUGAUCUGGAUGCCUUAGAUGUAUGUGGCCACCCAGAAAUAAGAAACUAUCGUAAAGAAGUAGUGGAAGAGAUCAAUAGAUUGCAAAAAUAUCUGGAUCUGGAAGAAGAAGCAGAUUCCACUUAUGCUUAUGACUUGGCACAAAACGGAUCCAUUAUAAAAAUAGAAGAAAUACGCAAGAACAUGAAAGAAGUUACAGCUUCCCUUUUAAAAAUAGAGAAAGCUUCAGAUUUGUAUCUAAAGUCAAAGACAGAACUGCAAGGGUUAAUUGCCCAGUUGGAUGAAAUAAGCCCAGGCAAUAAUCCCUGCAUCAGAGAAGCCAGGAGGCGAGCCGUGAUAGAAGUACAAACCCUCAUAACUUAUACUGACUUAAAAGAGGCACUUCUUAAGCAACAAAUCUUUGUAGAGCAAACAGAAACCGACGUCUCAUCAGAAAAAGCAAUUUGGAAUAUUCUUGGAAAUGUAGCUCAGAUUCAGCAAGAGGUGUUGUCUUUUGAUGGGAACAGAACUGAUAAGAACUACAUGCGACUAGAGGAGCUCCUCACCAAACAGCUUCUAGCUCUUGAUGCUAUAGAUCCUCAAGGAGAUGAGCGCUCGAAAGUAUCCAGGAAACAGGCAGUGAAGCUUGCACAGAACAUUCUUUACUAUUUGGACAUGAAAACUGAUGAAUGGGAGUACUAAAAUAAUAUUGGUCUUGUGUGCUAGAUGUUGGUUUCUCUUUUGCACUUUAUAACAGUCAGUCUCUCAUAACUACAAGACUAACAGUUCCAUCAUUUGCUCAUCUCUUUGCGGUUGAGUAAAAGUUGGAUUGGGUUAAGCAGCAACUUUUUCCUGCUCGUGCAAUCAAGCAGUGAAGGCAGUUCAUGUACCAAUUAUGUUACAAUUUUUGUCAUAGCCUGUUUUCUGUUGUUUGCAUGAUUUGUGAAGAAGACUCCCAAAACUGUAUUUCCAGCUGUUGCCUAAAGCUUUCUAUAUAAAAUUCUACACCAAGACAUAAUACAGUCUUGCAAAAUAAAAGCAAAACUAAUGAGAAAAUCCAGAGCAAAUGUCAGUCAGCCUUAAGCCAGUUUAGAUGUUUGCAGUUGUCUGGAUCAAUCCAGUCGCAAUCCAAAGGAUUAAAUGCAAAUUACUCAUGUC